CAGCUUGCCAACACGAGCUUGGAUCUUACGUCAGCAGGGGUUCGAGUCCAUGACGCGGAGAUGUCAUUGCCGAGCGAAGACAUCCCAUCUAGUCGUUGAUCACCAUCCACUGUAUCUCUAUAUACCCAUUUACCACAGACACACGUAUACGCCACGAUGCAAGGAGGAAGUGGCAAGCUCGGGUCCAUAUGGGGUAAAGUGAGGGAUGGAGCUCAAGCUGCUGGAGCCCAAGCAUCCACUAUGAUCAAGGAUGGAUCAGCUCGCGCUGGUACCGGCGGAGCGAGCUUGAUGCAAGGGUUCACUUUACCUGGAGAAGCGGACAAAGCAGCCAAGAUCUUAGGGCAUUUCUUAGCGGACGCUACACACCCUCAAACGGCUUUGAACUCGGUCCCUAAAGCUGUCCUUCAACGAGCCAAAGGUCUCGCCGUCUUCACUAUACUCAAAGCUGGAUUCGUGUUUUCCGGUAAAGCCGGUUCUGGACUGGUCAUUGCUCGACUGCCUGAUGGAAGUUGGUCAGCUCCAAGCUGUAUCGCCACUGCUGGUGUAGGGUGGGGAUUGCAGAUCGGGGCGGAUAUCACCGAGGUCGUCAUCGUGUUGAACUCUGAAAACGCCGUCAAAGCCUUUUCACAAGGUGGCAAUGUUACGAUUGGAGGUGGCCUUUCAGCCGCUGCUGGACCUAUCGGGACCGGAGGGAAUAUCGCAGCCUCACUUGUCAAUCCUGCUCCGAUGUUCUCAUACUCGCGUUCCAAGGGUCUCUUUGCGGGACUCACUCUGGACGGUACGAUCCUCGUCGAGAGAAAAGACGCGAACAGAGAUUUCUACGGAAGCGAUAUAUCAGCUGUGGACAUUCUGGCACUUGUCAGUGGCCGAGUACCCGCUCCGGAGAUCGCUUCUGCGAUGUACGACAUCAUUGAGGCCGCUGAAGGUCUGGAUGAAACUGGUCUCCCGGCUGAAGGCUACGUCCCAACUGAAAGCGGUACACAUGUACCGGUUCCCUCCGCCUCGCAAGGCUAUACGAUCGGAACUCAACCAGGGUCGACCGGCUCUCAGACUGUUUUCGACUCGGCGGAUCAUCAGCCUGGCAGUACUAAACCGGUAUAGGUUCGGGGACGGACUCGUGGUCGGGUGGCUCUUGAUUGACAGAUUUUAGAGGGAUUCGUAUUUUGGCUUGUGACGAUGGCUUGGAUGCACGAUUUAUAGGCUGAGUGAUCCCCAGGGUGGUCUUCACGGUCCG